GCCCAUUCUUUCCGUACCCAUUUCGGGCGUCCAAAGUGCGGAUGCAGGGCUUCGCCAAGCGGCUGCGGCCAUGCUCGCGGCUGCAGCAGGGCGGUCACGGCAACGGCGGCGUCGGUCCUCGAGGUGCCCGGCUCCCACCGCAUUCCAGGUUGAGGGCGGGAGCCGCCGCGGCCGUGUCGGCUCGAGCCGUUUGGGCUCAAGCUUUUGCUUUCAGGGCAAGCGCCGUCUGGAGCGGCGCCCGCGCAUCCCCCCCGCGCUCCUCGCACAGCCCGCUCGGCACCAGCACAGGCGCCAUGGCGAAGACCAACGGACGCAUCGGCGUGGCGAUCGUUGGACUCGGACGCGCAGGCCACUUCCACAUGACCUCCAUCGCCGGCAUCCCCGAGCAGGCCCAGCUCAAAUGGGUCGUCGACGUGGACGAGUCCCGGGCCAAGAGCGUCGCCGCAGAGAAGGGCUGCAGCUGGGCGGGCUCCCUUGCGCCCGCCCUCGCGGACCCAGACGUGCAGGUAGUGAUCAUUGCGUCGACGACGGACACUCACUUCCCGUUCAUCAUGCAGUCGCUGAGCGCCGACAAGUCCGUGCUCACGGAGAAGCCCAUCUCGCACGAGCUGAAGGAGGUGGAGGAGGCCGUGAGGCUGGCAACCAGCAAGAAUUUGCCGCUGUACUGCGGCUACCAGAGGCGCUGCGACAAGAAUUUCCGUACGCUCAAGAAGCACGUGGAUGAUGGUUCCGUUGGCGAGCUCAAGGUUAUUAAGUGCUGCAGCCGGGACAACCCUGUGCCGCCCAUGGAGUACUUGCGCACCAGUGGAGGCAUCUUCCACGACAUGCUGAUCCACGAUUUCGACAUGCUCAAUUGGCUAAGCGGGGGUCAGGAACCAGAGUCGGUGAUGUCCGUGGGACACGCGUACAACAGCGAGAUCGAGAAGAUGGGCGACAUCGACACUGUUGCUGUGAUGCUGAAGUACCCUAGCGGCCUCCUUGCCAUGGUGGACACUUGUCGCGACGCUACGUACGGCUACGACCAGCGCAUCGAGGCAUUCGGCGGCAAGGGAAUGUUGACGGCAAAGAACGAGCUUACCAGCACUGUGGAGUUGGCUACCUCGGAGGGCCACCUUAUGCCUUGCGCACAGUGGAGCUUCCCGCAGCGCUACAAAGAGGCAUACACCACCGAGCUCAACGAGUUCAUCACGAUGGUGCGCGCUGGACGCAGCAGCGAGCACCACCGCCUCGAGCAGGAAGCGCUGUCGCGCCAUCCAAGCAUCGUGCGUACCACGAUUGCCGCAGAGUUGUCGUGGAAGCUUGGCCGCUCGGUGGACUUGAAGGACAUGGAUGGCCUACUCGCCGACCUGGACAAGAGCAAUAAGGAUGCUGAUUCUGAGACUCGGAGCACGUGUGAUUCCAAUCCCAGCCUUUGCAUCGACGAGGGCAAGAACAUGUUCGGAGACACGUUUCGCAACUAUGAGGAUUCGUGCCGGCAGGACGAAGUUGCCAGGACGUACAAUACCAUGCACACUAAGCAGACAGUGGAUUUUGGCCGCCAGCAGCGCGAGCGAUGGCUAAAGUUUGAGAAGGGCGAGUUCACCGUCAUGGAGAUCAUUGAGAUGUUGGACGACCUUAUCGAUGACUCCGAUCCUGACGUGGACCUCCCGAACAGCAUUCACGACUUCCAGACGGCAGAGCGCAUCCGUGCCCAGUGGCCCGAGCACGACUGGUUCCACCUGGUGGGCCUGCUGCACGACCUCGGGAAGGUGAUGGCGCUGCCAAAGUUCGCCGGUGAUUGGAUGCUGGAGCAGUGGGCCGUUGUCGGCGACACCUUCCCGGUGGGCUGCGCACCCGCCAUGGACGCCAUCGUGUUCCCAGAGUCCUUUAAGCAGAACCCGGACUACGACCACCCAGUCUAUGGCACGAAGCAUGGCAUGUACCAGCCAGGGUGCGGCAUCUCUAGCCUCAUGUUCUCCUGGGGUCACGACGAGUACAUGUACCAGAUGCUCAAGUACAACGGCUGCACCAUUCCAGAGGAGGGCCUCAACAUGAUCCGGCUCCACUCGUUUUACCCAUGGCACGACAAACGCGCGUACACGCAUUUUGAGGUCGCAGAGGACAAAGAGACCCUUCGGUGGGUGAGGGAAUUCAACAAGUUCGAUCUGUACUCCAAGGGCGAUGCUGUCCCUGACGUGCAGGCACUGAAGCCCUACUAUGAGUCUCUUCUUGUGAAGUACGGCAUCGGCGGCAAGCUUCGCUGGUGAGCCCAGACUGGCGCCCACCACACACGUUGGCACGCGGUGCGCGCCAGAUCCGGUGCCUGACGUGGGCGGUGGAGGCGGGGGUGGAGGCUGCGACCUGGCGGGCCGCAGAAGUGGCGGCGGGCGCCCCCGUCGAUCAGUUCGGGGGGGGGGCUUCGGCGCCGCGCCCCUGCCGCUCCAGGCAGGCGGCGUGGUCUUAGUAUCUUUCGUUGGACGCACCGGCGGCGUGCCGGGCCAGGGCACGAGGCGAUCCGGCAGCAUGCGCAGGGCAGGGCCGAAUCCCUGCGAGGGGCAGCUCCGCCCGAGCAGAGCGCACGGAGCGCACGGGCGUCUGAGCGGCGCCCCUCGCGGGCUUCGCCCCCCCCGCGGUCGCACGGAUCGGGCUUGGGGGAAGGGGGA